AUGUCUAGAUGCCUCACGACGUUAGACCUUACGUCCCUGGGUGUGGGGUCAUGCGUCGGUACUGGAAUGUACUUAGUGGCGGGUAUGGUUGCCCGCAAGUUAGCCGGGCCCGGCGUAGCGUUGAGCUUCAUCAUAGCUGCCAUAGCAAGCAUUUUUUCUGGUUCCUGCUACGCUGAGUUCGGUGUAAGAGUACCGAAUACAACGGGAUCGGCCUAUACCUACUCCUACGUUACUGUCGGAGAGUUUAUCGCUUUUGUGAUUGGCUGGAAUAUGAUCCUCGAAUACUUGAUCGGAACAAGCGCCUGCGCCCGCGCACUGAGUGCCUGCUUCGACUCCUUGUGCGACGGCGCGAUCAGCAAUUAUUUUUCCGACAAAAUUGGCACUAUCUAUGGUAAACCACCCGAUUUCGUCGCUUUUGGGAUCUCCAUUAUGAUGACCAUGAUUCUAGUCGCCGGCGUCAAGAAGUCCCUCUUCUUCAAUAAUCUAUUAAAUGCGAUUAACCUAUGUGUGUGGGUGUUCAUCAUGGCAGCUGGCGUGUUUUACAUGGACACCAGUAAUUGGACCCAACAUAAGGGUUUUCUGCCCUUUGGGUGGUCGGGGGUGUUCAGCGGAGCGGCCACUUGCUUCUACGCGUUCAUCGGAUUUGAUAUUAUAGCUACAACGGGUAUGGAAGCCAAUAACCCUAAACGCUCUAUUCCGUUGGCCAUUGUACUGAGUUUGGGCAUCAUCCUCUUCGCUUAUGUCAGCAGCUCAGUGAUGCUCACUUUGAUAGUGCCCUACAAUGAAGUGGCUACCGAUUCUGCGCUGGUGCAGAUGUUUACUUACGUAAAUGCGCCCACUUGCAAGUAUAUUGUGGCCCUCGGAGCACUCGCUGGUCUGACCGUCUCCAUGUUCGGAUCCAUGUUUCCAAUGCCUCGUGUCGUCUACGCUAUGGCUCAAGAUGGCCUAAUUUUUAGACAAUUAGCAACAGUAUCUGAGGCUUCUGGCACUCCUGCCAUAGCUACGAUCACCGGUGGAACAGCAGCCUCCAUUGCCUCCCUCAUUAUCCAACUUGAGGUCCUAGUAGAAAUGAUGAGCAUUGGCACCCUCCUCGCUUACACUCUGGUAUCAACUUGUGUAUUGGUCCUCCGCUACCAGCCCCACUCCGAAAAUCUCAUCGAGCUACUCCCGCAAAGCCUUCGCACGCCUGUUGAGCCCGAAGGCACAGCGUCCACUCAACGCGAGACAUCCUUCAUUCGCGGGCCUACGCAAAUUAUGCCACCCAGUCAACGAGUCAUGGUACGACGCGUCACUCGCAGCUCUCCUGAUAGUGACGAUACACUUCCCGGCGACGACAGCGAGGAAUACGGACGCGAUGACACGUUCCUGGUCAAUUCCAAUAAUGAGAACAAGUUCUAUGGCGCUGUACCCGGCGGUUGUUCCGUGAGCACUUCUCGUUGCGCUCGCUUCUUUGACUCCGUGUAUCGCAGACUGCACGCAAUGUCCUACCUCUGCCCUGGUCUCCUGCCAUGGGUUGACUGCGGUCCCGCUACAGAAAAUUCCGGUAUGUUCGUCAUAAAAGCUGUCGGUAUCUUGUACAUACUCAUCAUCAUCUUCGAUAUCUUCGCGGCGUACGGCCACCCCGGCGAAUCGACCUUUACCGCUAUCGUGAUGAUAAUUUUGAUUAUUGUCAUCUUUGGUAUCCUGCUCCUUAUUUCCCGGAAGCCGCAAAACAGGUCUUCACUGAUAUAUGCCACACCCUGCUUGCCAUUCGUGCCUGCCAUCGCCAUCAUAGUUAACAUCUACCUUAUUCUGAACCUUUCGAUUCUGACUCUUGUUCGAUUCACCGUAUGGAUGAUAAUUGGCUUGAUAAUGUACUUCAAGUAUGGCAUCAAAAAUUCGACAUUAGAAACCAAUCCACCCGUCCCCCGCGCACCCACCCCACCUCCACCG